AUAUCAUUUGUGCUAACACUUUAUUGCACUUUAGUUUAAUAAAUAUGAGCGGAUAAGAAGUUUCAGUGGCAGUACGUGUGUGACGUUAAGGCGCUCCGAUUUCAAUCUCGUUGACCGGGAAGUGAAAUAGAAAGGAACAUUUUUAAAGUGAGAGUGAAUGUGGAAACAUUUAAGGGAUGCUGGACGGUAAAAAACGAAUAUAAGAAGAAUAGAUGCAAACAUUCAAGUGCCAAAUUUCAUAAGAAAUAAAAAGGGAGAGAAAAGUGAGAAAUAAGCCAAAAAUUAUUUUUGCUUUCAACAUCAAGUGAUUAUAUGGAACUGUUUUCGAUAAGUUUGUGGAAAAUAGCAAGAUUUGUGAAUAUCCUUUGCCAAAGAAAAAUUAUGGAAAUAUAAAAGGAGGACCUGAAUCAACACUAAAAUAAAUUAAAUUUAACAAACAAUUUAAACAGUAAAAAUGUCGGAAGUUAAACUGUAUCCAGUUGUGGUGUUAUUUACACUGCUGUGCUGCGUAUUUAGCACCGCCAAUAUAGUGGAUACUAACAGCGAUCAAUAUCAACUAAUGCAACGUUCGUCAAUACUCUUCGGUCUAACAGUUAUCAGUCGUCCGGAUGUGGUGAGCCACAGCUGUUAUACACAACUGCAGGAGACACAGAAGGCUAUGCUAAUGCAACAGCCAUGGGCCAUGAAGAUGUAUGAUGGGUCAGGUUUCAGAGAGCCUGGCUUCAUAAUGGGCAAUGGCAUCUGGUUGGGCAGUCGUAACACUUGUAAUGCUGUUAAAACACCCGUCAAUCUCAAACUAUCGACGCAUAUACCACAUAAAAUGAAUCCGAAAAUAAUGACAGACACAGCACCAUUCCCCACGGACUAUCGCGUGGUCAACUUAUGGCAUAAUUCCACAUGGCAAAUAGAUCCGGUAUAUCCCUUCUAUGAACCGCGCAUAAUGAUCGGUUUAUGUUUGCCGAGCGCUUGCUCAAUACCCGAGAUUGGUCAACUAAUGGCCAUCUAUGUGGAGCAUGAUCUGUUCGUGUCGAAUGAUAUUUAUAAUAUGCGCAUGCGUGUUGAGAGUGUGAAAGAUUUGAAACUGCGUGAUGGUUUCUUCUCAAGACCUUCAACGAUGUUGUUUAUCGGUUUCUGGUUAAUGACACUGCUGUUGUCUUUACUCGCUUUGGCGAGACGCAUGAAGCGUAACAGCGAAACAGGUCAGGUGGUCGCAAAUGGCACGAAGUCAACAACGAGCGUUCAUUCAAAUACGAAGAGCCAAAAGAAUACAAAGUUUUCGCAUAAUGGAUUUGUCGAUUGUUUCGAUGUACAAAACAAUUGGGAGUUGCUAUUCCCAACGGAUCCAAAUGCUGCUACCGGCGGGACUGAAGCUUUUCCGGCAGUGAAUGGUUUACGUUUUUAUGGCGCAAUGGGCGUGGUAUUAUUCCAUCUACUGUGUAUCAGCUAUCUGGCUUCGAAUAAUAAAUCGGAGCAUUACAAAUUAACUAGUAGUAUUGGAAAUUUCGAUAUUUUCGUGGAUUUGUUUUUUACAAUGAGUGGCUUCCUGCAAACAUACCAUUUUUUCCGAGACACCAAAACUAUUGAAACAAUACGCCAAAGUGGUUUAAUGAAGAAUACGAAAGUGGUAUUUAUGUACAUAAUGCAUCGUUUGAUCAGAUUGGGUCCACUGUACGUACUAGUUAUGUGCCUAGCCGAUGCUGGAGCGCUUAUGAUGGACGAUAUCACGGUUUUUCAAUUUAGUCAUCGCUUAUACGACAACUGCGAGAUGUAUUGGUGGCGCAGUGCGCUCUUCAUACAAAAUCUCUUCAACCACAACGACAUGUGCGUGUUUUGGUCGUGGUCAUCAGCAUGCGAUAUGCAAUUCUAUAUCUUCAGUAUAAUUCUACUUUUCACCUAUGUGAAACAUCCCAAAGUGGGCAAAGCGCUUACUUUAGCCACGGUCGUCGCAAAUAUGGUCUAUACCUUCUAUACCGGCAUCACAAUGGAUUAUAAGUUUUCGUUUGAGACAACUACGAUGCUCUUCACCGAGCUCUAUAUGAAUCCGCUGUCACGUAUACUGGCCUAUGUAAUUGGCGGCGUGGCCGGUUGGUUUUUCGUACAAAAUCAACAGAAGCAACUCUAUGCGAAUUUCUUUCAAAAUCAAUCGCUACAAGAGUUUCUUGGCUAUUUGGCCAUCAUUGGGUUCUUCACUUGCAAUUUUGCCAAAGUCUCACAGGGUUACACAGUGGUUUCCUAUGUGAUACUGUUGACCAUACAACGUCUGGUGUUCUCGUCGAGUGUUUGUUGCUUGAUAUUCGCAAAUGCGGCGGGCAGCGUGAAAUGGUUCUUUGGUAUAUUGGAGAAUCCCAUCUUCAAGAAAUUUAAUCAAAUCACUUAUGCGAUGUUCUUGAUAAAUCCAUUGCCUAUGGUGCUGUUGACAAGUAUGAAUAAUACAAGUCGUUAUGCCGGUCCAUUUAAUUUGGCAAUCGAAUAUAUUGGCGUUUGCGCAAUGCUGUACUUCAUCUGCACAAUUUUCACAUUGUUUUUCGAAGUACCCUAUAAAAAUAUAUCUAAAAUGUUGGUGCAGCGCACCAAAGCGAAGACGAACUAAGCACAUUUUACUGGUGCAAGCUGUGAUGGAAUUAAGUCUAAUAUUGCAAAUGUAUUUAUUGUAACAAUAGAAACAUUUUUUGCAACAAAAAAUAUAGAUAAUAUAUUUAAGAUGUUAAUAAAAAUAUAAUAAUUUUAAGGA